CCCAACAACAGUAGUCCUCUUCCUCUCUCUCUCUCUAAUUAUCGUUGAAUCAAUGACUAGCAGUCCCUUCUCGCCUUCCUCUCUUCCUAAUAGAACUUGCUAUGCUUCUUCUUCUGCCCCAUCUACAGUGACGAUUGUGAGGCCGUGCGCCGCAUGCAAGGUUCUCCGGCGGCGGUGCGUUGAGCAAUGCAUUCUGGCGCCCUACUUUCCACCCAACGAUCCACUCAAGUUUGCCAUUGCCCAUAGAGUCUUUGGAUCAAGCAAUAUCAUCAAGAUUCUCCAGGAAAUUCCAGAGUGUCAUAGAGCAGAUGCAGUGAGCAGCAUGGUUUACGAAGCGAAUGCCAGGAUGAGGGAUCCGGUGUACGGCUGCACCGGCACCAUCUGCCAGCUCCAGAAGCAAGUCAGCGAGCUGCAAGUACAGCUGGCUAAGACACAGGCAGUGAUAGCUAGCAUGCGGAGCCAUCACCAAACUGAUCAUCCAACGCCCUUGGCUUGCAUGGAUGUCUCACCAUCUCUUCAACAGUGGCAGCAACAAGUGUUCUAUCAGGAUGAUGGCAAUCUGGUCAGCCCAGCCCCAGCCAGUUGGGGUUUUUGCUGGUCGCCGUGACCCGAACUUGAAGUUAAUUAAUAUUUUCAUGGAGCUUUAACAAUUAAUAUCACAAGAGAGAGA